UCCACCGCUCGACAGGUGCGCGUGCGCACGUAUCCGCGACCCGCGCAUUCACUUUUACUUUCUUACGUCAGUGAUUCCGUAACAGUUUUUGUGUUGUGUUGUGAUUCAACCUUUUUUUGGAUAUGUGUUAAUCGAAAGUUCAGGACUGAAGAUGUCUUCGGAAGAAGGCGGGUGCGUGAACAAGGCGUUCGACGCGGUGGAUGAUGGUUUCCACACUAUCGACUUGCGGUCGUCCAGGAGAGGCCGGGGGAAAUCGCGACCAGGAGCAGAAGACACUGACUCCUCGGGCCCCACGGAUGAAGACCGCAGCCUGUUGUGUGGCUGGGGUGUGUUCCGACCGCGAUGGGUGCAGCGGUUCAGGACUGCCAAAUGGGCACUGUUCUGGCUAUGCUGGGCAGGAGCUAUACAGGGUAUGGUGGUAAACGGGUUCGUGAACGUGGUAAUCACCACCAUAGAGAAGAGGUUUGGGUUGCGGUCGAUGCAAACCGGAGUCAUCGCUGGAGGAUACGACAUGGCCUCCUUCGCUUGCCUGGCGCCGGUAACGUAUUUGGGCGGCAGGAGCGGUUCCUCCAAGCCCCGCUGGCUCGGCCUGGGCGUGCUGCUCAUGGGGACUGGUUCUCUACUCUUCGCGCUGCCACACUUCCUCGUACCGCCUAACAGGAUAGCAAGCAUCGAAACGGACGAUCUUUGCAAUCCUAAUCGAACGUCAAGCCGAUGCGAGGACACGACCCCUUCAGAAGGUGGUUCGUGGGCAGUAGCGGUGUUCGUGUUCGCGCAGCUGCUCCACGGCGCGGGCGCAACACCACUCUUCACCCUCGGCGUCACCUACAUAGACGAAAACGUCUCUAAGAAGAUGUCUUCAGUGUAUUUAGGUGUUUACUACACGAUGGCAGUGGUCGGCCCAGCGCUGGGCUACGUGUUGGGCGGCCAGAUGCUAACGAUUUACACAGACUUCCUCACAGUAGAUUCCGGAACGUUAGGAAUAACACCACAGAGCUCGGUGUGGAUCGGCGCUUGGUGGAUCGGGUUCAUACUCUCCACGUUGCUCUGUCUCAUCGUGGCUAUACCGCUACUGGCCUUCCCACAUGAGUUACCAGGUGCGGCAGAAAUCCGAGCAUCCAAAGUAUCGGAAGCCCACGAAGGCGCAGCAUCAAAGUCAGCGGCAUUCAGCGCUCUCCACGAGCUGCCUCGAGCCGCUGCAGCGCUGCUCACGAAUCCCACCUUCAUGUUCUUAAACUUAGCGGGCGCCAGUGAAGGCAUGCUCAUUUCAGGGUUCGCAGCCUUCCUUCCGAAGUUGAUUGAGAAUCAAUUUGCUGUAAGAGCGUCGGAUGCUGCUUUGCUUUUAGGAGUAAUAACAGUACCAGCGGGGGGCGGAGGGACCUUCCUUGGCGGAUGGCUGGUCAAGAGAUGGAAGCUGGCUUGUGCCGGCAUUAUUAAGUUGUGCGUGGGGGCCACCGUCAUCGCUGCCGCGUUUACAUUCUGCUUUAUUCUCAACUGCGAAGACUAUCCCUUCGCCGGAGUCACUGUGCCGUACAACAGUCCCUCUAUACCGGGAGCUGACCGUCUAACUUCGCAAUGCAACGUGGGUUGCGCGUGCGCUGCGGCGGCAUACGCGCCGGUGUGUGGUGCGGACGGCGCGGUGUACUACUCGCCGUGUCACGCCGCAUGCACGCGUCGCGAGCUGUACGGCGACGCGCAGCUCUUCCACCACUGCGGAUGCAUACGGCCGCCUGAUAAUGGCUCUCUGCCCGUCUAUACUUCAUAUGGAGCGAGCAACACGUCGGUGGAGUACGAGGCGAUCAACAGUAUCUGCAGCACGGACUGCCCGUACCUGUGGCUCUUCGUGGGGCUCUCCUUCUGCGUGAUGCUGUUCACAUUCCUCGCCACCAUGCCCGCGCUCUCCGCCACGCUCAGGUGUGUGCGAGAAGACCAGCGCUCGUUCGCGCUAGGUAUCCAGUGGAUCAAGGUUCGACUCCUGGGUACGAUUCCCGCGCCUUUACUCUUCGGCUUCCUUAUCGACCUGUCGUGCUCGCUGUGGUCCAACUCCUGCGACACCACCGGCGCGUGUUUGCAGUACGAUAAUAUUAACAUGAGCAGGUACAUGCUCGUCCUAGCACUAGUAGGGAAACUCUGUUCUCUUCUAUUCUUCUUCCUCGCGUGGUGGUUCUACCGUCCACCAGGCAGCAAGAGCGGCAAUGCCGUGGUCCCAUCGGUAGACCUCGUGGUCUGCGCCGAGAAGACCAACGGGACCCUUAAUGGCAUCACAAACGUCCCUAACGGCAUCGAGAGAACAAAUGGAUAUUGUAACGCGGCUUUAGAAUGUAGCGACCAUUUGUAGGUCUUAACCCUAAGGGCAGUAUUAUGGAAAGUCAACUGCCAGGAGGCAGGUAUCCUAAGUAUUGAUUUUGAAGGUGUAUAGGUUGUAUUUAAUGGACCCUGGAUAAUGUUAGAGCUGAAAAUUUACUGCAAAGUUUGAACUGGAAGAUUUGAGAGAUUUUCGAAUGAUUCUUGGAAUGCCGUUAUGUAAUUUGAGUUAAUAAAUGAAAAGUUAUGUUAAAGUUAUAAUAAUCAUAUGUUGACUGUGUUAAAUUUUGGUAAUUCAUUUAUAAACCUUCAUAUAACAAUGACUGGACGACACUAGUUCAGAAUUGAAUUGAUUGGAAAUAUAGUCCUCUUGACUAUAUUAUUGGUACAAUGAUAAUUUAAUUAGCGUCUAUGAAAUCUGGAUUUAUAGACUGGAUCAAAACACGAAGGAACUUUUACUAAUGCUCUAGGGUUGUCACAAAAAUCCCACAACUUAUUUUAAUAAUUAAUAGUAACUUUAUUUUGUCUUGUAAAAAGUUUCCUUGUUUGAGUACUUGUAAAGUGAAAAAAUAUGUAACUCUACCUACCUUAUAUUAAUUCCAUAUAAAAUACACAUUUUAAUCGAGCCUUUAAGAGCCGUGAGAAUCUUUGAUAUCAUUUUACAAACAAAAUUUAAAUUCGUUCAACCAAUUUCAGGUUCUCAUUUUUGAAUUUAGAAAUUUACUAAAAUAGAUCGAGAUUCCAAGGCUGCUAAACUUUACUUAUUUUCUGAUAAAUACAAGCCAUCGGCAUAAGCUAGCUAGUUGCGUACACUAAAGGUGACCUACGUACUACUUUAUCUCCCUUAUCAGAAAAGAAGCAACAUCUGGCGGCCUUGGGAUCUCGAGCUAAUCCAUGGCCUUCCAAAGCCGGCCUUGGGCCUUAUUCUGUAUGACACUGUAAACGCAUAACGCGGCCGUUUCAUGUUAUCUUCUUGAAAUUUGCGUGGCACGGUAUAUUCUGUAUACCAAUUUAUAAUUUCUUAAACGUAACGCAGUGCAUUACGUGCCUGCGCUCUGUUAGAAUAACGCGUGGCAUAGAAAAUAAGGCGCCUUAAAUGGAAUUUCCGAUAUUACUAUGAAUCUCUACUAGAAUAAAGGGGCAUCUUUGAGUUAUUUAGAAUUGUACACUAAGACGUUAAGUUUAAUAUUAAGCUUACACAUUCCACUAGAGUUAAUAAUCUGUGAUUUAGUUACAGUAGUGUUAGCAGAACUCAGGAAAUGCAAGGAGGAUUCAAAUAAUUGAUAUAUGUUGUAUGAGCAAAUAUUUGAUUAGUAACCUCUUUCGUUAAGUCAAAUAGAAACCGUAACACCCCACUUAAAAAAAAUUAGCACCUCAGAAUACACUGCCAUUGACCAAUAGCGAAAGGAGAACUUAUAAAGGCGUUUAUAAUAAUGAUAUCAGCCCUGUAUGAUGUCCACUGCUGUGCACUGGCCUCUUCUACUAUUGUGGGUUUAGAUAAGUCCAUCACAAUGGCCUAGGGCGGGCUGGCAGACUUCAAAUACUCCGAAUUUUUUAUUGAGGCGCUUAUGACCUUUAUAAAUUUACGAAAAAUUGCUGGACUUGUUAUGGACAUAUUACCCAAUAAUUGUAAGUAGAGCUGUAGCCAAUGUUCUCUAAACAUGUUUAUGGCAGAUCUGCCAGUGUUAAGAAAGUUAUAGAAAAACAUGAACAGUUUUGAUGGCUACCUACUUUGUUCGUAUACUCACAAUGGGGGGAAAUAUUAUCAUUCACAGCCGUUUCACUGAACGACCCUUAUACUAAUCUUUAUUAGAUUCUGAGAAGAAACAAUGAAAAUAAGUUAUUCGCCAGAGUAUAAAAAGGAAAUUUAUUAUGGUUAGUUAAUUUUCACGCUUGGGUGUUUUAUUGAAAUUGGCGGUUAAAGGGUCGAAGUGACUAUGAAGUUAUCAUAACCUAAGCCUAAAGUGUUUUGUUUAGAUAGAAAGUACAAGAAAUAAGCACAAUUUGUAACUCGACUUACGGGUAUUUAAAGGCCACUUUAGAUGGAUUUUAGGAGAAAAGUACUUCCAUGACUAUACAGUUUAAGAAUAAGAUAACAUAAUAUUAUUUAUUGAUAUUUAUUAUGUUACUUAUAUGCGAACCUUUUUGAAUAAGGAAGUUCUUUUUCUGAAUUUCUAAGGGGCCUUGUAGACCCGCUUAUAUAUUUAAGUCUCGCUUAAGUUCCAAGUUUAAGGUUGAGGUAGAAUAAUUGUAAAUAUGUUUUAAUUUAUUUGUUGAUUUUGUGAAAUAUAGAUGUUGAUGUGUUUUGGUUGAAGACUGAUCGUUUGGUAGUUAGUUCGAUACGCUUCGAGAUUUCUCAAUAGGACUCGCAGAUAAUGUAUACAAACUUUUUACUAGUAUCGUACAAUAUUUAUGGUAUUUACCGAUAUAAAACCUUUUUACCCCUAAUUGAACAAAUAUCUUCACAUCUUAGACUUAGUAUAAUUUCAUACUUGGUCACUAGCUUCAUAUAUAACCUAAGUAAAGGCAUGUCCACACAACCUCGCGCGCGCUUUAUAGACAUGUAGAGAACGCGCGAAAUCAGCUGAUUUAAAAAAAGAACUCGGUGUUUCUAAUUCAUAACCCUACUUCAUACAAGAUCAGUUUAUACAUUGUCUAUGAGUUCGUUGAAAAAUAAAGUUUUCCAAUCCCUAGAAAUAACAUCAAUUAAGUACAUGCUUAAAAAAGUACUGAAUCGAGACUUGCUGAAAUUGUGUACCAUUAUAAUAUGGUUGAAAUUCAGAUUGUCAAUUCAGAAGAAUUACUCACUGUAUAGGAUUUUUUUUAAGGUGAAAAUAUAUCUUUUUUCCUCGUAACAAAAAUGUAUUUUCGUUAAGUACAUAAAAUAGAAAUAUAAAAACACACAAUUAAUAUGCACUCUUUAAGACCAUUCUGAACGUCUUAAAUAUUUUAUUCAAAAACCAACAUCAGCUGCAUAUAAAAAAUAUUCUUCUGAAUUGUUAAUUAAAAACGUUUAUAUCAAUAAAUAACAUAUUAAUAAGUACAAGAUGUAAGUCCAAUUUUUAAGAAAUUUUACCUGUUUUUUUUCUAAUGUAGGUAAUAUAUACCUAAUGAUUACAUGUAAGUGAUCCAUUUUGAAAUAAAAAUUUACACUGGUCAGUCGAAUUAAAGGUUUGUAAAAUUUAA